AUGUUUGGGUUAGCCGGAAAAUUUCAAAGACGCUGUGAAUUUGAUCUCGAACAAGAACCUAAUUCAACGAUUUAUUCAAAAAAUGGCUGCCAAAAGUCAAAAUAUGGAACAGCUGCAGGAUAUCAAAAUGAUUUAAAUAGGAGCAACAACAAUCCAUCUAAUGUCAAACCAGCACAUCCUAUAACAUUUUUAAAUACAAGCAGUAGAAAAUGCCUUGCAUGUAUGCUUGUUAUUGUGUCUUUACUACUUCUGUUAUUUGUUAUUAUUAUCGUAAUAGCAUACGCUUUGAACGUGAUUAUUAUCAAAUUUCCAUCAUCAUCCAAAACAAGUCAGCCAUUCCCAUUUGACACUACAACUUUAUUACCUAAUUUUACCACUCAAUCUUUCCCACUUUUAUUUCCCACACUAUUGCCACCAUAUAGGCCAAUCAUUACAACAUUGCCGAAUCCAACAGAUCGAUUGCAAAAACGAACAUUUCUCUGUCACAUGUACUUAUUAAAUAAAGCUAAUGAAGUUUAUACAAAUCAUGAUCGUUUCGAGUAUCGUCAUGCAUCUCAAAUGAUUCAAAAUGCGAUACAUGGCCAACUUAUGAAAUCGUCUUUACAGCCGUACGUGGAAAAUAUCUACGUAUGGUAUUUAUACAACAGUGGUCCUCAUCUUGCAGUAGAAUUUUCUGUUGCAUUGCUUCUUCCAUCACAUACAAAUAUUGAUUCAAUAACGGUCAAAAAUGUUUUUCUUAGUAUAUUACCAGAAAUUGAAGAGCAAUUAAAUGGUACUCAUAUCGACAGAAAUAGUUUUACAAUACAGUAUCUUCACAAUUAA